AUGGGGAUCAAACCUAGAUUAUUUGAUAGGAUUCCACAUCGACACGGAAGUUUCGGGGGAUUUAACGUUAUAAAGACCAUUUCAAGGUCUACCCUUUCGCAAGGCAUUCUCUUUUCUACACCACGAUACAGGGCAAUGGUCUCGCACGAAGACCCUGCACGCAACGCCCGGAAACGAGUAUCAAAGGCAUGUCAGGGAUGUAGAUUGAAGAAAUCAAAGGCAUGGGCAUCACAUAAUCACUAUUGCAGUGGAGGCACUCCAUGCGAACGCUGCAAAGCCACAAAAGCCAUUUGUAACUAUCGAAAGAAUAAACCAAAAAGGCAUCGUGUGUUUCCACAGAGUUAUGUGAGGCUUGUCGAAAGUCAACGUGAUUUGGUCAUCCGCGCCCUCCAAGAGCUUUAUCAACGAGCCAUCACGGGGAGAAGCAUAAAACGCAUAGCCAACGAUCAGCCGUUUUCCGUGAAUGAAAUAUUAGACAACUUGGGCAUCUACAAACAAGCAAACGAUGAUUCAUCCAAAACACCCCUAGCCCCCCUGCAAGGGACAGAGUGCACGGAAAUGGAAGACUCAAGCAAACAUCUACACCUAGGAACAUUCGAUCGGAAUAUCGAGGUACAAUCGUGCCCUGACCGUUGGUGCGAGAGUACCAGCAGUAUAUUUUCGGAUUUCGUGCACUUGCCAUCGCCGUUGGCCCUCUCGCCUAGCUUAUUAUCACCAUCACCACCUUAUUGCCAGACAUACCUGAGCUCUGUAUUCACGCAAGACGUCAGGACUUCAUUCCAAACGAAUCGACCUUCGUGUGUCGUGGCAGAAGGUGUCUCGACAAAAGAGGGCAAUAUUUCCUCUCCGUGGGCGAAGUACCGAAUGGCCCUGAAUGCCCCAGACUCAGCGCUGUACGAGCCUUUAGGCACAGAAUUUUAG